AUGAAGUUGGAAAGAGCCCUUACAUUCGCUACCUUAGUUUCCAUCGCCCGCGCCAGCUUCGGAAUCGACCUUGGCCUUGGCCUAGGGCUAGGGAUCCAUCUUGGUGAAGACAGACCCGCUCCCGCGCCUGCUCCAUCUCCAUCUCCUUCUCCUACCAGUGGCCCUUCUGCUUCAUACACUACCGUUACCGACCAGACCACAACGUUUGUGACUGUCACCAACUGCGGUGACAAGUCCUGUGCCACUUCGGUGGUUCCUACAGGUGUCACAGUCAUUACAGUCACCGAGAAGGACACCACCACGGUGGUGACUACUUUCUGUCCAUUGACGUCGGCCAGCACAACUAUUGCAUCUUCUAGUGCAUCUAGUGCGGUUGUAUCCGGUGUAUCUUCUGCUUCGAGAACUAUUCCAUCUAGUUCAGUUAAUAAUUUGAGCUCUGCUUCAUCCAGCUCAGUCGCUCAUACUUCAAGUAUUGGUCCAUCCAGCUCAGUCGUCCAUACUUUGAGUACUGUUUCAUCGAGUCCAGUCGCUCAUACUUCCAGCUCUGCGCUCUCAUCUAACGUUGAUUCGUCCAGCUCUGCCCCACCCAGUUCAGUCGCUAAUACCAGAACUGUUCCAUCCAGUUCAGUCGCAAAUACCAGUACUGUUCCAUCCAGUUCGGUGGCUCAUGCUUCCAGCACUUCCACAUCAUCUACUGCUUCUUCCAGCUCCACCUCUUCCAGAGCAGCCCCAUCCAGUUCAGUCGCUCAUGCUUCCAGCUCUGCCCCAUCAUCUAUUGUUGCUUCCAGCUCUGUUACACCAUCUUCCAGGGCGGUGUCAUCUUCCUCUAUUGCUAUAGCUUCUAGUUCUGCUGCAGCAUCAUCUAAAGUCACUUCCUCAAGAGUUACCUCUACCUCAAGUUCUACUGGAUCAUCGUCCACAGAAGCGACAAGAAGCUCAAUCCCUUCAUCUUCCUCUGUGCCUCUUGCAUCUCCUUCUGGUGCUUCUAGCUCUGUUGAUGCUGCUUCAACUUCUGGUGCUUCUAGUUCUGUGGAUGCUGCCUCCACUUCCACAGUCUCUAGCAAGGAUGCUGCCUCCACUUCCACAGUCUCUAGCAAGGUUGCCCCAUCUACUUCUGUUGCUGCUGGUUUUUCUUCUGUUGCCAAUUCAAAGACCACCAUCGCUUCAUCAACUGAAACAAAAACAGUCACGGCUACUAUUGGAACCACUGUGGUAACUAUCACCUCCUGUGCCGACAAUAAGUGCACUGCUGUUCCUCAAACUACUGGUGUCACUGUCGUCACUGAUACUGUCUUGAACACUGUAUACACAACCUACUGUCCCUUGAGCACAGAAAAGCACACAUCUGUUUCAGAGAGUACCCCAUCUUCCCUUGCACCAGCUAAGACUUCCUCUUCUGUUGUUCCAGUUGCUUCCUCCUCUUCUGUUGCUCCAGCUGUCACCUCUUCCACCCCAGCCAAGAGCUCAACAUCCCCAGUUCCAGUUCCAGUUACAUCCUCAUCUGUGACACCAGCACCAGCACCAGCACCAGUUCCUACCUCAUCAGCAGUACCAAAUGCAUCUACCUCCGCUGCUACUUCCACUUCUACUCCUCAAUCUACUGUGGACUCUACCACAGAUAUUAAUGUCACUUCUACUGUCACCAUAUCCUCUACUACUGUUGGGUCAAGUGUUGCUGAAGCCUCCACUUUCAUUACUUCAUCAAUCUCACAAAUAGCCGCUGUUCCAACUAUCGCCGUUGUCUCUUCAACUGGCGCAGGUGUUGUUAACAAAUUGAAUACCUCCGGUAUUGCUGGAUUUAUCUUUGCAGUCCUCUUUUCCUUAUUCUAA